AUGGGAAUUAUGCCUGAUCUCUAUUUCUGCAGAGAUCCUGAAAAGAUUGAAAACGAAGAGCAGGCUGCUGCAGAAAAGGCUGUGACCAAGGAGGAGCUUCAGAACAACAACAAAUGUUACUGGCACUGGCUGCAUGGCCUGUGGACUAUGGGGCAGUCCCUGUUCCAGGGCUGUGUGCUGCUGGUCAUCAACACACUGGGCUGUGGUGUGCUUAUGGUAGCCCGGGACAGUGUGUGACAGUCCUGGGAGGUCUACACCCAGCCUGACCAGAUGUUCCACAGGUGGCACUCAGUGAGCAUGCUUGCAGUGGGUGGCAGCGUGGAUCCUUUCCCACACUACUGGUACCUCUGGCUGGACUGCCUACUCCCUGUGUCUGGCCUCUGUGGCCUCCUAAAUGCCCUCAGGAAGGUCCUCAUGAUCGAUCAGCUGGUAGCCUCUCCCAUGCUGAGCAUAUGACACGUCUUGGGCCUUGGCUGCCUGGAAGGCCAGACGCUGGGAGAGAGCUGCCAGGAGCUGCAGGACAAGUUCUGGGAAUUCUACAAGGCUGACUGGUGCAUGUGGCCGGCUGCACGCUGGCGAACUUUCCUUUGUGCACCCCCCUCCUCCCAGUUCUGAGUCACCUACAUCAGUGGCCUGACAUUGGGCUGGGACACAUAUCUGUCCUACCUGAAGUACCAGUUCCUCUAA